AUGGCUGAGGAAGACUCUCGACGAUACCGUUACAUCCACUAUGUUGUCGAUCACUGCCUAGCCAACUGGGUCGUCACUGAUCCCAAUCGAGUGUCGCCUGAAAAAAGGCACAGAAAUUACCAGGCCGCAACCGAGACGCCGUAUGUGUAUCUAUGUGGAGGCAGAUCAUUCUUGGUCAAAAAGAACCCGUAUGGAUUGGCGAUCGGGUUGACUCUCAUCACGGCCGGGAUUUUGUAUUGGGUCUUCGAAGCUCCAUGGGCAUGGCAUCACCAGAGCCCUGCUGUCGUCAUUAUAUUCUCUUACUUAUGGGUCUUGACGCUCUGCUUUCUAGUGAAGGCUUCAACCAGUGAUCCUGGGCUUCAGCCAAAAAAUAUUCACUUGCCCUUCGAUAGCACCAAAUUGCUCCUGGAGUCCGGGCCAGAUGAGUAUUUUGAUACAAUCUCGUUGCCUUACUAUUCAAACCGUACCGUAGGCGCUAGUGUUAAGUAUUGUGCAACGUGCCACAUAUGGAGAACUCCUCGAAUGAGCCACUGCCUGGUGUGCAAUGUGUGUGUGCAAAACCAUGAUCAUCAUUGCGUGUACAUCAAUAAUUGCGUUGGGGCGGGGAAUUACCGUUUCUUCCUUUGGUUCCUCCUCACCACGGUGAUCACCUGUUUCUAUCUUGGGACUUUCAUGUUUUUGCGAUGUUCCCGAUAUCGGAGAAUGGAAGGGUACGAAUCUUUUGCAGAUUUCGUGAAGCACAGCCCAGUCUCGCUUUUGCUAGGUCUUCUCUCGUGUGUGGGCGUGAUCUAUCCGUUACUUCUCCUACUAUUCCACACCUAUUUGACGGCAAAUAAUAUCACAACCCGCGAAUAUUUGAAUAAUGCUCGAGGAAAUCCAGACUAUGUGAAUGUGUUCGAUACCCAUUCUAUUCUCAAAAAUCUAGCCAUCAAUUGGCUCGCAUCGCCAUACAAAAAUAAAGUAUAUCAUCCUCGCGAUACAAUCAGAGAAGAUUUAAGCACCAUGAUAUUGCCACCCCUCUCGUCGUUCAAGAUCUCUAGAUUUGCUACAAAUAACUAA